AAUAAAUAAUUCAGUACUUACAGUUAAUUAAAUUUCGUAGUGGUCAGCAGUUAUUGAAAAAUACGGAAAAAGAAUAUUUUAUAUGUUUUAAGUCGUAAAAAUGUCCUGCUUUGGCUGCAGCAAAAAGUAUGGACUUUUCACAAAGGAGCACGGCUGCCCCAAUUGUGGUUACUCGUACUGCAUUAAAUGCCUCAAACGGCCUAUGCCAGUGCCACGACACGGUGGUAAGGUGCUUAAUGUGUGUCUGAUAUGCUAUGACAAGCUUUCAAAAGAGCAAUCGACCGAGAAGGUCGUUGACAUCGACGCAUUGCCUGGUACAUUGGUGACAAAGGCAAAAGGAAAUAAAAACACAGAUCCCCUAGUUGCAGCAGCAGCAGCGUUGCUAGAAGAUGAUCCGCCGCCUGAUCUGGGUGAAGUUCUCGCACCUAUCUCAAACUCUGUUACUGCUGCUGAAGUCACACAUUCCAAUACAGAAAAUGCUGACAUCGAGGAUAAUCUUGACACCGUAAUUUCGAAACGUUUAAAGGAUCUGAAAACUAUUGAUAAUCCUGGCACGGACGACGAAAUACGCGCGCGGCUUGAGAAUUUAAAUGGCAUGCCACAAAAGGAUUAUUCCAAAAAAGACUUACUUCUCUCUACAGACGAGCGCACGGAUCAACAAAAAAUGCAAGAUCUUCUUGAGCAAUUUAUGGGUGAAACCCAAAUCGAUAGGCAAAUAGCAAAUGAGCGCAGCGACAAUAUCUCAGAUAUUGAAAGACGCUUGAGGGCUUUAAGAGAGCAACCAGUGGAUAGUGCAAUCAGCUCCAAUCUAGGAGCUUCCCAGAAAGAAAACUCGCCAGACACCAAUACGCCUAGUGAUAAUGAAGACGAUGAAACGGUUUUGAAAGCCGUUAUGGAAAAGUAUUUGGCGGAAUCACGUCUGCCUGCACCACCCCCAGACUUGGAAGUUGAAUUGGCCUCGAGCGUGCCAGCACCUCCAGCAGGCACACGGCCCGGCGAUCUCGAAGAAUUACCAUGGUGCAAUAUCUGCAACGAAGAUGCGGUGUACCGAUGCAAAGGCUGUGAUGGUGAACUAUUUUGUGCGCAAUGCUAUCGCGAGUGUCACGACGACGACGAAGAGUAUCGAGCGCACGAAAAACUUUCGUAUUCCGCACCUCCAAAAUUUAAAGAAAACCACUUCUAGCGCAAUGAACUGCACGGGGCUAGCUCAACCACAUUACGUAAAUAUCUGUCUAUUCGUAUAUUAAAAUCACGCAACAUAUA